AGAUAAAGAGUUUGAUGAGCCAGCUGGGAACAAAGCAGGAUUCCAGCAAGCUUCAGGAGAACUUACAACAGCUGCAGCAUUCUGCCAACUGCCUUGCCAAAGAGACCAAUGAAUACCUGAAGGAGUUGGGGUCUCUGCCGCUUCCUCUGUCUGCAUCUGAGCAGCGCCAACAGAGGCUCCAGAAAGAACGUUUAAUGAACGACUUCUCCACGGCCUUAAAUAACUUCCAGGCAAUACAGAGGCGAGUGUCAGAGAAGGAAAAAGAGACUGUAGCAAGGGCGAGAGCUGGCUCCCGUAUCUCUGUAAAGCAGCUUGUUUCAUUUGAUAGUGGUGAAGAUUGGAAUCAAAUGCAGUCUCAGGAAGAAGAUGUGGCAAUAACUGAACAGGACCUUGAACUCAUUAAAGAAAGAGAAACAGCAAUCAGGCAAUUAGAGGCAGACAUUUUGGAUGUCAAUCAGAUAUUUAAGGAUUUAGCCAUGAUGAUUCAUGACCAAGGAGACAUGAUUGAUAGCAUAGAGGCGAAUGUGGAAAGUGCAGAAGUCCAUGUGGAAAGAGCCAGUGAGCAGUUACAGCGAGCUGCCUACUACCAGAAGAAAUCCCGUAAGAAGAUCUGUAUCCUGAUUCUUGGUCUUGCUGUGGCUUCCAUAAUCAUAGGACUCAUUAUCUGGCAGGCAAUAAAAUGAAAUCUUCACGUGGAACCUAGGCUCACUGCUGAGAUUUUUUUUCCCUCAGAGCAAACAGGCUGACUAGUCGUGGAAAUGAACUGACCACCCUGAGAGAGCACAAGCUGGACUACUUCUAGUAAUAGAUAUUAGCAACUAAUGUGCAGAUAACUAGUAUUUGGAAUUAGUGAACUAUGGAGACAGUAUUUAUGAGUUUAUAUACAAAUUAUUGUUUUAUGUAACUAAAAUCUUGUGGUUUUGCUUUCUGUAAUGUAUUAUUCCCUGUCCCAACUGUAUGCUGAAGUGUGAUCAGUCAUUGGAGAUGUCUUGUUCCUGACAAGUGGCACAACUUUAACAUUUUGUAUGUACAGGUAACUUUGGACUGGAAUAAGAAUGACAUUCAAAGAGGGCACACCACUGAUUCACAUAACCUUAACCCAGCAGGUUCUGAAGUCUCCAGUAUCUGCCCCGUGGUUUUAUUCGUUUCCAAGGGGCUGUGGUUCUAGAUUCUCUUGGAGAAGGAUGUCGUUACAGAUCUGAAAGGCCAGGAGAAGUGUGCGUGGUGACAGCUGGAACCACUGCAUGCUGGUCAGGUUAGCCUCGAGACUCCUAACUGGGUGCUUUAUUUCUGACCAUGGUGGGG